AUCAAGCACCUAGGCAUGCAGACUGCUUCUACAAACAUUUGUGAAAGAAUGGGUAACUCUCAUGAGCUCAGUGAAUUCAAGCGUGGUACCGUUAUAGGUUGCCACCUGUGCAAUAAGUCCAUCCGUGAAAUCUCCUUGCUUCUAAAUAUUCUCCGGUCAACUGUUAGUGGUAUUAUAACAAAGUGGAAGAAAAUGGGAACAACUGCAACUCAGCCACAAAGUGGUAGGCCACGUAAAAUGACAGAGGGGGGUCAGCGCAUUCAAUAGCUAAAGACCUCAAAACUCCAUGUGGCCUUCAGAUUAGCAUAGCAACAGUGUUUAGAGAGCUUAAUGGAAAGGGUUUCCAUGGCUGAGCAGCUGCAUCCAAGCCUUACAUCAACAACUGCAAUUCAAAGUGUCAGAUGCAGUGGUGUAAAGCAUGCCACCACUGGACUCUAGAGCAGUGGAGAAGUGUUCUCUGCAGUG